CUACACCUCGGUCACCAUCCCCAAGGCACUGGAAACCACCCUUCAGGGAUCUGGGGUCAUUUCAUACUUUGAGUGUGUCACACAGCUUUACAUGUUUUUUACACUUGCUUCGACCGAGUGCUUUCUGCUCAUGGCCAUGGCUUAUGACCGGUGCAUGGCCAUCUACAGGCCCUUGCUCUAUGGGGCCAUCAUGAGCCAGAGGCUUUGCUGUGCCUUGGUGGUCCUGGCCUGGGUGGGCGGGGCCCUCUAUGCAGCCUUCCUGGCCCUCAACACCUUCUCCCUUCCCUUCUGUGGGCCCAAUGUUGUUGAGCACUUCUUCUGCGACAUUCCUCCUCUCAUGAGACUCUCCUGUGCCAACUUCCACUCCAGCGAGGAGAUGGUCUUCGCUGUGGGCAGCUGUGUCAUCAUGAGCUCCUUUGCCCUCAAGGUCCUCUCCUACAUCCACAUCAUCUCCACCCUCCUGCGGAUGCCUUCCAUGGAUGGCCGGUGGAAGGCCUUCUCCACCUGCUCCUCUCACCUGACCACGGUCCUUCUGUUUUAUACCAGUGGAAGCUUCACCUAUUUGAGGUCUGCGUCUCAGUACUCCCCCACCCAGGGUCGCCUGGCAUCCAUUUUCUACUCCAUCCUCACCCCUUCCUUGAAUCCUUUCAUCUACUGUCUGAGGAACCGAGACAUGAAGGUUGCGCUACACAGACUGUACUGUCAGAGAAAGUUCUGA